AUGACUAGCAAUGAAAUUGACAACAUAGAUGAGGGUAAGAAAUUCUAUCUAAGGGGAGAUUACUCUGCCGCUAUUAAUAGAUGGGAAAUUAGCAUUAAAAGCGUUGAAUACAUACUAAAUUCGAUGCAUAUCGAUGACAGUUUGGCCGAAAAAAAACGGCAUUUCAAACUCAAACGAAUAGAAUUGCUUUCAAAUAUCGCACUGGCAUAUCUAAAAAUGGGAAACUACAACAAAACAAUUACAUUAUGUCUAAAAGUACUUCAGCUUGAUAAAUCAAACGAGAAAGCUUUCUUACGCAUAUCAAAGGCACAUUUAUUGUCUGGAGAUUACAGUAAUGCCAUUAAAUACGCUAAUAUGGGCUAUAAUGUCUACCCAAAUGAAAGUACUUUUAUUAAGAUAAUAACCGAGGCCAAAAGGAUGCGCAUAUACAGUGAUGCCAAAGAGGUUAAAAUGUACAGAAACAUGCUAGGUAUAUGUCAAGAUUACGACAACCAUCCUUGCCCCAAACAUUUUUGUAUCGCAUUUACCAGACUGGCAUCCAAAUUGCAUAUGUGGAUUGUUACCAAUUAUACAAUAAUCAAAUCGGCGCUAGUUUUCUCACAACGUAAACUACAGAAUUUUGUUUUGAGCACCAGUUUCAAUCAAUAUUUAAAGCAACUGUACACCUUCAUGGUGCACAAAUUUAAGUGA